AUGGAUGUAGACAACGAGCAUUCAGACGGCGGUAGUCAACAGCCGCCCAGCGCUGAACACACACCUCAAGGAGCUUCUGCGCAAGCCGGAGGAGCUUCAGGAAACCCAACCCCCACCUCAGUUCAGUCUUCCAACACGCCCUCGACUGCAUCUGGCAAUGCACCCAUUGUCACCCAUUCACAGAACUCUAAACGUCGACGAGGACUAGGUGUUGUCACGCCCAAUGCCUGCACGGAGUGCCGUAAGAAGCGUGCCAAGUGCGACGGCAAGAAACCAUGCGGGCGUUGUAGAGCGCAAAAAGACGUCGAGUGCGUAUACGAGAUACCCGUGCGCCAAUCGAAGGAAAACUUACGUACCGAAAUCGAGACUCUCCGCCAAAAACAACGUUCAAGUGAUCAAGUCUUCGCUGCGCUUGUUCGACCGGAGCUAUGGGAAGAAGUUCUCACGCGACUUCGAGGUGGCCAACCGAUCGAGAACAUUUCAGAAUGGCUAGCAAGCGUGCCACCGUCCGGAGGGGGUCGAAUGCCCAGCUUUCCCCCCCGAUCUGAAGGACCUACAAUGGGGCCCGCGCCAGGUUUCCCUGGAGGCGGACUGGGAACGCUGGCAGCGAUGAGUCUUGGUGUGAACCAGGUCCCACCACAGCAGCCUCCCAUGAGGGAGAUGGGCCAGCACAGUCCAUGGCAUUCUUCGUUCCAUAGCCAGACCGGGUCGACCAGGAGCAACUCCCAUCCAGAUGUUAUGAAUUGGACGCCACAAAAUCGAGUCGGAUCUUGGGCGGAAGGGAUGCAUCCUGAACAAAUGUCAGAUGGCAUGCCACGAUAUCGUGGUGUUGAGCAGAUUCUAUCGCCUCUAAACGAACCAGAACUCCGAACGCCGACUUCAACGUGGACCGCUCUUACUAGCGACAGUACUCUGGUUCAACAUCUUCUGGCGUUGUACUUCUGCUGGGAGUACCCGACUUUUGCGUCUCUCAGUAAAGAGCAUUUCCUACAGGAUUUCCAAGAAGGUCGAAACCGCUAUUGCUCACCAAUACUUGUGAACGCUCUCCUCGCACUGGGCUGCCGUUUCUCGACUCAACCUAUGUCUCGAGCCAAUCCAAAUGACCCAUAUACAUCGGGCGACCAUUUCUUCAAAGAAUCAUUGCGACUUUUCUCGCAGGAAACAGACCAUCACUCACUGACCACGAUUCAAGCUCUGGGCAUAAUGUCAAUCCGAGAAGCUAGUUGCGGGCGGGAUUCAGAGAGUUGGUAUUACGCUGGCCAGAGCAUUCGUCUGGCCAUCGAGAUGGGGUUGCAUAGAAUAAUGGAUGAAGGCGAUGAGGACGAACUUGCUGUGCAAUCAGCAACCUUCUGGGGAGCUUUUGCACUAGAUCAAAUCCCCGAGGUUCUUCGGCUGGGGCACAACUUUACCCCAGCUGUGCUGUUUGCACACAUGUACUAUCAUUUUGCUAUCCUACUCUUAUUUCGACCUCUGAUCAAGCUGCGAAUCAUUGGAUCCAAAGUCGCUCCUCGCGAUGUUUGUUCCCAAGCAGCCGACGCUAUCCAAGGUCUUUUGAGGUCAUAUUCUUCCCUUUACACCUUGCGAAGAACCCCCUCAUUUGUACCGUAUUUUGUCCUUACGUCAGCCAUCAUGCACUUGGCGAUUGGUGCAACGAGCGUCAAUCCGGAGGCCACUGAAGCCGACAUGGAGAAGGCGGUUAAGGUCGAUCCUCGCGUCGCCGAGUCUAUCACCCAAGGCAUAUCAGAUCUUACUGAAAUGGCCCCUUGCCACCAAUUCGCCGAACAGGCGCUCAACAUAUUACGCUAUCUGGCUGCGAAGUGGAAUAUUGACGUCGAGAAUAAUGCCGAUAAGCUCACAGCCGAGGAAUACGAUCGUCUAGUGCUGCCACAAACUGGAAGUCUGAACUUUUUCUCUCCAAAUAUGCGCGAGGGAGAUAUAACGUGCCAAUGGGGUGCAGGAAACUUUAUGCCAGGAACGUCGGAACAGUCGCCUUCGGCCCAGAAGGUGGGGGACAAUAUGGAAAACCCCCUUUUCUGGCCGUUUCCUAUGCAAGGCCGGCCUAUCCUUCCUGAUGGCCUUGAACUGGAACAUGCGGGCUUUGCCAUACUCUGA